GAUUUACUUGUGCAUUAUCGUAGCUUUGAUCCAAUGUUUACUGUCAAUUUGCGUCUGCACGAUUGCACGUGAGAAUCGUUGCUGAAGAUUUUUUACAUUCAGAUGGUAGCCAUGUGAUAAAUAUAACAAGAAUGGCUCAUUUAUUUCAUAAGAUCGUGUGUAUUGGCAUUCGUCGAUACACAGAUGACUGUGGAAACAAUCUGAAUGUGUUGCCAGUAUUAUACACAGCAAAACAUUUGAGCUCUUUUCUUCAUAGACAUAAGACAGAAGAUAUUGUUCCUGAAGAGAUUGUGAUGGCUUGUCCAGAUCAGAAGCUUCCAACAAGUGCCUCCUCCUUUCAGUGGUUGCAUUCUGUAGCACCAUUCUUCACAUUAGAUGGUGAGAAGGUCACUGUUAUUACAGAACCAAGUAAAUUUUAUGAAACACUCUUAGAGAGGAGCAAAGCAGCCAAGAGGAGAAUCACACUUGCAUCUUUAUACCUGGGCACAGGGACUCUGGAGAAAGAGCUGGUAUCUGCAAUUGCCAAGAAUCUGGAGACUUCUUCAGGCAACUUAAAAGUGAAAGUAUUGUUGGAUUUUAGCCGAGGAUCGAGGGGAAAUUUCAAUUCACGCCAUAUGCUCUUACCAUUAUUGGAGAAGCAUAAGAAGUAUUGUCAGGUUGCUCUUUACCACACUCCAGCACUCCGUGGACCUCUACGUAGACUACUUCCUCCUCGAUACAGUGAACUUGUUGGUCUACAGCACAUGAAAAUAUAUCUCUUUGAUGAUUCACUGCUCAUUAGUGGGGCAAAUCUGAGUAACGACUACUUCACAAAUAGACAAGAUCGCUAUAUAUUGGUGGAGGAUUGUCGUCCACUGGCAGACUUUUAUGAUGACCUUGUUGAGCGAGUCAGUGAGUUUUCACUGCAACUUUGGCCAGGCAAUAGAAUACAACUUCAUCACAAAUGGAACAUUCAUCCAUUUAAAGGACGUUAUGAAGAAUUUGCAGCUGCUGCUCGUGCAAACAUUCAUAAUUUCUUGGACAAUGCUUUGCAUCAAGCACAACAACAGUCACAUAGUGGUGAUACUUGCAUUUUCCCACUUGUGGAGAUGGGCCAGCUUGGUGUCCGACAAGACAGCCAUGUUACUUUACAACUGCUGAAAUGUGCAGCUUCUGGCUCCACCGUGCAUCUUGCCACAGGGUACUUCAACCUAACUGCACAGUAUAUGGAAAGCAUCAUACAUCAGUCUGCAGCAGAGUAUUCUGUCCUCAUGGCUCACCCCACUGCAAAUGGGUUCCUUGGAGCUGCUGGCCCUGCAGGUGGAAUUCCAGCUGCAUAUCGCCAACUUGCUGCUGCAUUCUUGCACAAAGUACAGAAUGCAGGCCAGGAGGACCGUGUAAGCCUUCUUGAAUACUUCAGACCUGGAUGGACAUACCAUGCCAAAGGACUUUGGUAUACCCUGGCAUUUCAGAACUUGCCAAUUCUCACCCUUGUUGGAUCUUCAAACUUUGGAAGCCGUUCGGUUUAUAAAGACCUUGAAACACAAGUAGUAAUUGUAACAACAAAUAAGAAGCUGCAAAAGGCACUCAAAGAAGAGCAAGAGCAACUUUAUUCCAGGGGAAUUCCAUUCACAGAAAAGACAGUUGCAGAUUCCAAACAGGAGACAGCUCUCUGGGUUCAUACUGUAGUAAAAUUAUUCAGGCAUUACUUCUAAGACUAAUAGAGAUCAGACCCUGUAUGAAGUACUGUAAUGCAUAGUCAGACAAUUCUGAAGUAACACAAAAGGAGUGAUGAUGAGGAAAACAUGAACUUGUACUAAAGCAAAAUGAUUGAUGUGAGAUUCAAAAGGAAAUGACAUCAGAAAAUGACAUAAACAAAACAAUUUUCAUAGAGCUCAUGAUAAUACUUAUCUCGUCCUAUAAACUUUCAAAAGAUGUCAUGUGACCAUUAAUUUCUUGGAAAAAAAAGUUAGUGAAAACAGUUAGUACGGAAUCAAAUUAUGGAUCAACUGGCAAAAACAGUAGUAGAUGUGGCAGCAUCUUCACGUGAGGCCAAUGCCACUUUAUUGGAGAAUAAAUGAACUCAAAAUCUUCACAGAUAUAAGGUGGACUGGUCACAAAAGACACAACUGUGUUCUAAUUCUGCAAGUCGACAUUAACGGUCAUACUCUAAUACAAACUCCGUGUAUAAAAUCGCUUGGAAUCCAACUUGGUAAAAAGUCAUAACAGAUAAAUGAAUGAAAAUCUCAGUUUGGCACUUUUUGUACAUAGAAGCCACUUUAUGGAUUUAUUUAUUUAUUUUACCUAAAGACAAGUUUGCACAUUUCAUUC